AUGACNUCCUCAGAGACAGUUUACCUCGACGUCGUGACUCCGAUUGCAUUCGAUAACCAGUAUUACAUCAAUCUCAGGAAGAAUAUGGGAGUCUUGACGACUGAUUCGGAGCUUGUCAAGGACCCGAGGACCGCUCCUCUUGUAGCUGCUUUCGCUGAGGGACCGCCUCAGAUAUUCAGACAGCAGUUUGCUGUGUCGAUGGCUAAGCUGGUCAAUGUUGGUGUCCUCACUGGUGAAGAUCGUGUCGGAGAGAUCAGGAAGGUUUGCAGCAAAUCUAACUCCAGAGCUUACUGA